UGCUUCAACCAUGUCCAGGCCAGCGGGGGGCAAUGUUAAUGAUGUCACCCGCUUCCUGUCCACAGGGGCGGGGCCUGGGUCACCAACCCCAGUGUUCUCCGCCUCCAGCCAAGCUGACUGGGCGGCUAAGAGACUUAUAUGGGUGCCUUCAGAGAAACAUGGAUUUGAGUCUGCCAGUGUGCGCGAGGAGCGGGGCGACGAGGUGGAGGUGGAGCUUACAGACAGUGGGAGGAAGCUGACGCUCUCGAGGGAGGAGCUCCAGCGGAUGAACCCGCCCCGAUUCAGUAAAGUUGAAGACAUGGCUGAUCUCACGUGCCUCAAUGAGGCCUCUGUCUUACACAACCUACGAGAUAGAUACUUUUCAGGACUCAUAUAUGUGAGUGUUUCCUUUUAUGUGCGCGAGGAGCGGGGCGACGAGGUGGAGGUGGAGCUUACAGACAGUGGGAGGAAGCUGACGCUCUCGAGGGAGGAGCUCCAGCGGAUGAACCCGCCCCGAUUCAGUAAAGUUGAAGACAUGGCUGAUCUCACGUGCCUCAAUGAGGCCUCUGUCUUACACAACCUACGAGAUAGAUACUUUUCAGGACUCAUAUAUGGGGAACUGGAGAGACAGUUACUGCAGGCAAACCCCAUUCUUGAAGCCUUUGGCAAUGCCAAAACUGUCAAAAAUGACAACUCUUCUAGAUUUGGCAAGUUCAUCAGGAUCAAUUUUGAUGUUGCUGGAUAUAUUGUUGGUGCUAAUAUUGAGACCUAUCUGCUGGAGAAGUCUCGAGCCAUUCGUCAGGCUAAAGACGAGCGAACCUUCCAUAUCUUCUACCAGCUCCUCUCUGGAGCUUCUGAGGCCAUGAGAAAGGAACUUCUGCUGGGCAGUGCGGAUCAGUAUCGCUUCCUCUGCGGGGGGUCACUUCCUGUUCCGGGUCAGAGUGAUUCAGAAAACUUCACUCAGACAAUGGACUCAGUGACUAUCAUGGGCUUCACACAGGAAGAAUCCACAUCUAUGUUAAAGGUGAUCUCUGCAGUGCUGCAGUUUGGGAACAUCACGUUUCACAAAGAGAAGAACACAGAUCAGGCCUCAAUGCCGGAUGACACAGCAGCGCAGAAACUCAGCCACCUGCUGGGCAUCAGUGUACUGGAGUUUAGCCGAGCCAUUCUCACUCCCCGCAUCAAAGUGGGCCGCGAGUACGUCCAGAAGGCUCAGACCAAGCAGCAGGCUGAUUUCGCAGUGGAGGCUUUGGCGAAGGCCACAUAUGAGCGUCUGUUCCGCUGGCUGGUGCACCGGAUCAAUAGAGCCCUGGACCGCAGACAGCGUCAGGGAGCCUCAUUCAUCGGGAUCCUGGACAUCGCUGGAUUUGAGAUCUUCCAGCUGAACUCAUUCGAGCAGUUAUGUAUCAACUACACUAAUGAGAAACUACAGCAGCUGUUCAAUCACACCAUGUUUGUACUGGAGCAAGAGGAGUACCAGCGAGAGGGCAUCGAGUGGAACUUCAUCGACUUCGGUCUGGAUCUUCAGCCCUGUAUCGACCUCAUUGAGAGACCGGUUCAUCCUCCUGGUGUCCUGGCAUUGUUGGAUGAGGAGUGUUGGUUUCCAAGGGCAACUGAUCGCUCAUUUGUGGACAAGCUGUCAGCUGAGCAGGGUUCACACUCGAAGUUCAUGCGGCCGCGGCAGCUUAGAGAAGAGGCCGACUUCUCCAUUAUACACUAUGCUGGCAAGGUGGACUAUAAGGCAGAUGAGUGGCUGAUAAAGAACAUGGAUCCGUUGAAUGAUAAUAUUGCGUCUCUCCUGCACCAGUCAUCUGACCCCUUCAUCUCUGAGCUCUGGAGGGAGGUCGAGAGGAUUGUGGGUCUGGAUCAGGUGUCAUCUGGUGAGAGCAGUGGACCGGUGAGUUUUGGGGCUGCCGGGCUCAAGACGAAGAAGGGCAUGUUCCGCACGGUGGGACAACUCUACAAAGAGUCCCUGACUAAACUGAUGGCCACCCUCCGUAACACCAACCCCAACUUCCUGCGCUGCAUCAUCCCUAACCAUGAGAAAAGGGCAGGGAAGUUGAGUCCUCACUUGGUUCUGGAUCAGCUAAGAUGUAAUGGGGUGCUGGAGGGAAUUAGGAUCUGCAGACAGGGCUUCCCAAACCGCAUCCCAUUCCAGGAGUUCAGACAGAGGUAUGAGAUCUUGACUCCAAAUGCUAUUCCUCGAACCUUUAUGGAUGGCAAACAGGCGUGUGAGCUAAUGAUCAGUGCUUUGGAGCUGGACAAGAAUCUUUUCCGGGUGGGACAGAGUAAGGUGUUCUUCCGGGCUGGAGUUUUGGCUCACCUGGAGGAAGAACGAGACUUGAAGAUCACUGACACCAUCAUCCGCUUCCAGAGCGUGGCCCGUGGAUACCUUGCCAGGAGGGCGUUCCAUAAGAAGCAGCAGCAGCUCAGUGCUCUGCGUGUGAUGCAGAGGAAUUGUGCAGCAUACCUGAAGCUCAGAAACUGGCAGUGGUGGAGACUCUUCACCAAGGUGAAGCCCUUGCUACAGGUGACCCGCCAGGAUGAAGAGAUUCAAGCUCGGGAAGCACAGAUUCAGAAAGCCAAAGACAAGCUGAGUAAACUAGAGCAUGACUUUUCUGAACUGGACAGAAAAAACCAACAGCUGAUGGAGGAGAAGUCGGUACUGACUGACCAGCUGCAGGCGGAGGCGGAGUUAUUCGCAGAGGCAGAGGAAAUGAGAGCACGGCUGGCCAGUCGUAAACAGGAACUUGAAGAUGUGUUGGGAGAGCUUGAGAGCCGAUUGGAGGAGGAAGAGGAGAGGACCCUUCAGCUGACCAAUGAAAAGAAGCGAAUACAGCAACAUAUGCAGGAUCUGGAGGAACAGCUAGAGGAGGAAGAGGGGACACGUCAGCGCCUCCAGCUGGAGAAAGUCACCCUGGAAAGCAAAGUGAAAAGUCUGGAGGCCGAGACCUUGACUUUGGGAGAGCAGAGAGACAGAUUAAGCAAGGAGAAAAAACAGCUGGAAGAGAGAUUGAAUGAAGUGACAGAUCAACUCACAGAGGAAGAGGAGAAGGUGAAGAGUCUUAACAAGCUGAAAAACAAACAGGAAGCUGUCAUCGCUGAUUUAGAAGAGCGUCUGAAGAGGGAAGAGCAGGGCCGUCUGGAACAGGAAAAGUGGAAGAGGCGGAUGGAAGGAGAGGCAGUGGAGGCCCAAGAGCAGCUGUCUGACCUGAGCUUACUCGUCACUGAGCUGAGAGGCAGCGUGAGCCAAAGAGAGAAAGAGAUCACCACACUACAGUCACGGCUGGAAGAAGAGGGGGCACGUCGUGCAGAGGCUCAGAGAGCCCUGAGAGAGGCCAUGUCUCAGGUCUCUGAGCUCAAAGAGGAGGUGGAGAAUGAAAGAGGAAUGAGGGAGAGAGCUGAGAAACAGAGGAGAGAUCUGGGCGAGGAGUUAGAGGCUUUGAGGACUGAACUAGAAGAUACAUUGGACACUACAGCUGCUCAGCAAGAGCUCAGGUCUCGUCGUGAGGCUGAAUUAGGAGAGCUUCAGAGAUGUUUAGAGGAGGAGACCCGUCGUCAUGAAGCCCACCUGUCAGAGCUUCGCAUCAAGCACACCGCUGCUAUAGACUCCCUACAGGAGCAACUGGACAAUGCCAAGAGAUCUCGUCAGUCUCUGGAGAAGACAAAGGCCAUUCUGGAGGAGGAGCGCAUGAACCUGAGUGCUGAGCUGAAGACUUUACAGGGAGGGAAGAUGGAGAGCGAGAGGGGUAGAAAGCGAGCAGAGGGACAGUUACAGGAACUCAACGCACGCCUUGCACAGGCUGAGAGAGAAAGAGAGGAGCGAGAGGAACGACUCGGUAAACUCCAGUCGGAGCUUGAGUCUCUCUCCAGUUCCCUAUCCUCAUCUGAGUCCAAAUCUCACCGCCUGAGUAAGGACGUCAGCAGUCUGGAGAGCCAACUACACGAUGUGCAGGAGCUACUGCAGGAAGAGACACGGCAGAAGUUGGCGCUGGGCUCACGUGUACGUGCUUUAGAGGAAGAAAAAGCUGGAUUGAUGGAGAGGCUAGAGGAGGAGGAGGAGAAGACCAGAGAACUUACACGCCAGAUUCAGAACUAUACACAACAGCUGUCUGAUCUAAAAAGGCAGACAGAGGAAAUGAAUUCAGCGGUGGAGGCCGGGGAGGAGGCCAGGAGGAAGAUGCAGAGAGAGCUGGAGAACGCCAUACAGAGAGAGAGAGCAAAAGAAGAAGAGAAAGAACGCAUCGAGAGACAGAAAGAACGGCUGAGAGAAGAGAUAGAGGACAUGACCAUUGCUUUACAGAGAGAAAGACAGAACUGCACUGCUCUGGAGAAGCGGCAGAAGAAAUUUGAUCAGUGUUUGGCAGAGGAGAAAGCAGUUAGUGCCCGUCUACAGGAGGAACAGGACCGCGCAGAAGCAGAGAGUCGAGAGAAAGAGACGCGUUUCCUGUCUCUCUCUAGAGCCUUGCAGGAAGCAACAGAGCAGAGAGAUGAGCUGGAGAGAACUAAUAAGCAACUCCGCCUGGAGAUGGAGCAGCUCGUCAAUACCCAAGAUGACGUGGGCAAAAAUGUGCAUGAGCUAGAACGUUCUCGACGGGCUUUAGAAACAGAAGCCCAGUCUAUGAAAGAACAGACCCAGGAGCUGGAGGAUGAGCUGGCAGAGGCGGAAAACGCUCGCCUCAGAUUGGAAGUCACCCUUCAGGCUCUUAGAGCUCAGUUUGAGAGAGAGAUCAGCACUAAGGAGGAGAAAGGGGAAGAAAAGAGGAGAGCACUCAACAAACAGGUGCGAGAACUUGAAACAAUGCUUGAGGAGGAGAAAACUCAGAGAGCUCAGGCUUUGACUAUCAAGAAACAACUGGAAACAGAGCUGCAGGAGGCGGAGGCUCAGGUGGAAGCAUCCAAUCGAGGCAGAGAGGAAGCACUUAGACAGAUGAAACGUCUCCAGACUCAGAUGAAGGAGCUUAUUCGUGAGCUUGAUGAGACCAAGUUAGCUCGAGACGAGAUUGUCACCCAGUCAAAGGACAGCGAGAAACGGCUGCAGACGCUGGAAGCAGAACUAUUACAGCUGACAGAGGAGCUGGCCGUUUCUGAGAGGCAGCGGAGACAGGCCCAACAGGAGAGAGAUGAGCUUGCAGAUGAAAUCGUCAACAGUACAACUGGAAAAUCUGCACUGUUGGAAGAGAAGCGGCGUCUUGAGGCCAGAAUCACUCAGCUGGAGGAAGAGUUGGAGGAGGAACAAUGUAACGCUGAACUACUAGCCGAGAGGCAGAGGAAGAGCAUUUUACAGGUUGAGACACUUACAGUCCAGUUAUCUGGAGAGAGGACGCUGGCGCAGAAGAGCGAGAGCGCACGGGAGACUCUGGAGAGGCAGAAUAAAGAGCUGAAAACUCGUCUCAAUGAGAUGGAGGGGGCCGUGAAGGGGAAACAUCGCCUCAGUGUCGUCGCCCUGGAGGCCAAGAUCGAAUCUGUGGAGGAACAACUGGAGCAGGAGAGACAGGAGCGAGCCAUAGCCAGUAAGCUGAUGAGGAAAACAGAGAAGAAACUCAAAGAAGUUCUGAUACAGGUGGAAGAUGAAAGGAGACAUGCGGAUCAGUAUAGAGAACAGUUGGAUAAGUCUAUGGGGCGUCUCCGUCAGCUGAAGAGGCAGUUAGAGGAGGUGGAGGAAGAGAACUCUCGCUCCAACGCUCAGCGCAGGAAACUACAGCGAGAGCUGGAGGAAAUGAGCGACAGCAUGCAGAGCAUGAACCGCGAGCUCAACACUCUCCGCUCCCAACUCAGCGUCACAGAACGGCAGAAGUCAGAACAGAGAGCUCCGCUCCCUAUCUCCAUGCGUGCUGGCCGCAGGGCUCUGGUGGAUGACCUUUCUCAGGAGAACUCUGAUUCUGAGGAUCCAGGUACUUCUCCCACCCCGUCCAGCGGCCCGCCGGGUACCCCCACACCCUCAGACAACACCCUGGGGCCCCCUCCUCCCUACAGCCUUACAGAGGCUGAAUAAGAAGGGGAGAGUGUGACAGAUGGACAGUUUUACUGGUUUUACUCACAUAGCUUUUGCAAUCGUACACAUAAUAGAACAUCUGUGCAGACACGCAUAACUUGAACCUAGUUAAUGUGAUUUAUUGAUUUUUAAAUGAACAGAUGAUUUAGCAUGCAAGAUGGAGAAAGUUUGAUGCAGUACUCUUUUAGAACUAUUUAAACCAAGCAAGCAGUUAGUAAAGACUGCAGUUUUUAAGUUAAAGGGGAGAAAAGAAAACUACAUUUCUCAGCAUUCCUCGGGAAAUGUAAGUACUGUAUAUCGGUGCAGUAUAUCAGGCUUGUUGUGGCAAAAUUAUGAUGGCCAUCUCAAGCUCUCUCUCAAUCAUUCAAAAGCCAUGUGUUUAGGAGAAAUUUGCGUGUUGAUGGCAAUCAAAGGCCAUCGGGUAUUGCACAGAUGAUCGAAGAUCAGGCAAAAAUGCAUCAUCUGUGCUUGCACAAGCCAUCAAACCCUCAAAGCACUGAGAAACUUUCUCUCUCUCACUCCUAAAAUAAUGUUAUGUUUUAAGAAAUCGAGAAUUGAACAAGUACAAGGAUGUAUCUUUGGUAUUUUAGAAUAUUUCUGUGUUUAAAUUUUAAAAGUGAUAGCUCUACUUCAGAUACAUAGGUAAAUGACAAUGCUUUUUGUUAUACAUAAUUAGGCAGAGAUGAUGAUUAUGGAAGCCCAUUUCCACCCCAGUAAAGAAAAAAAAGGUAAUUGCAGCUUAAUAUGUCACUAUUAUAAUUUUGAUUCUCAUAAUUGUGACUUUACAUCUCACAAUUUGACUAUAUAUCACAAUCUCACAACUGCAACUUUCGUUCUCAAUAUUGUGACUGUAUAUCUCGCAAUUGCAAGCUUUUUUCUCUCAAUCGCGACUUUAUAACUCACAAUAUGAUCUUGUAUCUCAAAAUGUGACUUCAUAUCUCA